AUGGCCGAUCGCGUCGAUAGAGAAACUGGCGGAUUUGAAGCUGAAUUUCUUGUGCCGUUACCAGAAGAAUACGAAUGUCCAAUUUGUCAACUAGCGUUUCGCGACCCUGUUCAAAUCGAAGACUGUGGUCACAGAUUUUGCCAGUCUUGUCUUCAAGAGCUAAAACGAAGGUAGAGAAUAUCUUUUUAUACGAUAUCCUUGUUCAUGUUUGCAUGGUUCCAAAAAUGUUAAUGUUUUUAAUUCAAAACCGCCAAAUUGUGUGUAGUAAAUAAAAGCACGAACGUGGAAGCGCGUAAUUAUGCUUGAAAAUGGAAUCGAGGAUGAUUUUAUGGAAAUUCUCAAUUGGCGUUGUUUUUAUAUCUUACUGUUAGAAUGGUGAAAAUUGGAUUAAUCUCUGAUAUUCGCCGUUUUAAGAUAUUGAAUUCACUUUCACUGAAAUAUGUUUUCCAUGUUUUUAUUUUUACGUAAAAUCAAGGCAGGGAAGUCCUUGUUUAUGCCCGUUGGACAGAAAACCUAUAUCAUCCUCCAAGGUAAUGUAUAACCUUAGCAAAAAUUGAAACCGGCUGAGUUUUGUUGUAUAAUUUGUUUAACUUUUGUUCGUGCGAUUUCUUUGUCUCUCCAUCAUACUCAAACGUCAAUGGUAACUUCUGCAAAGCGCUUAAAUUGUGUUACUUUCCAAUCGGUCACAGUUUAAGUAUUGAAUUAUUAUGAAGAUUCACCAGUUUUUUUAUACAGUCUAUAAAAAAACUGAAGUUAACUGUUAUCUGAUUUUCGCGAUUUUUGAGCAGUCAAUUUUAGACCAAAAGCCCGCUAGGGGGAAUAGUUUAAUCUGAAUAUUCUGAUAAGCUUUGCGUAGACACAUCAUAUAGCAACCACAAGUUUAAUAUUCAAAUUCAUAUUUCUGAAAAAUUCUGACCUGAACUGAGGGUGGAAGAAUUUAUGUCAGCAGUAUAUUAGAAAUCUAGAACGAUUUGUGAGUAAAGAUUUAGCAAGAAGAAAAAUAUAGCAGGCAAUUUCGAUGCCUCUGUGAAUCUGUUCUCAGUUCUUUGAUAAAUAGCUCUGUAUGGUUUUUACGGGCUUAGAGCCUGAUACAUAUCUAACCUAUUUCGGUGGGAUUCUACUUCUUUGGCUUACUGUACGUGGAUCUGGACAAAUACCUAUAAAAUGAAAAGUGUUAAAAUCGAAGAAGCGAGAUCCACUCUUUACCCAAAGGAAGCGUAGACGAUUCUACCCUGGAUAACCUCUUCGCAGUGCUAUAAACGGGGUAUAGAUUUUGAUGAAAUUAAAGCCACUUCGAUAGUUUUUUUUUUUUUAUUGAGAACCAAAGAAACCAUAUUGAUUUAUUUUGGUUUAGUUCGUAACUUGAUGUGUUGUUUACUUGCAAUAAAAGAGAAGAUUUUUUCCCAUUUAUUUACUCUUUCUUUCACUAUGUAUAUACAGAUUUUUGUCGACAAGGCAGCCAAACGUGCUGUACUGUCCCUUGGUGUUAAAUGUGUGAACUGGAAAAGAAAGUGUGAUUGGACGGGGGAUUUGAUAUAUGUUGAGGUAAGCGGACUACACACGUCUUGACUUUAUCCUCUGUAAGUGCGAAAUUAAGUCUCCUAUUUGCAUGAAGCGUGAAGUAAUUAUAUUCUUGCAAAGUACUGUCAAUACGCUUUAAACUUACCCGUGUUAUUUUCAGUCCCACUUGAAAUAGAUCAGAUCAGACGAGAUUUGCGUUUUUUUAUAAUACUAUGUUUACAAGCAAAGCAGAUGCUUGGCGUUCGAAAUCACGUGACUAAUGACUUAAGCUCUUCCAGUUUCAGAUUUCCUUUGUUAUUCUUUGUUUCAGUUAUUGCGUGUUUGAAUAAUGUUUCAAAGAAAUGAACACACCGAUGUGAUUAAUCUUUUGUUAUAGAACAAACAACAAUGAAAGCUUAUGAUCUUUUCUUAAAAAUGUAAUCGAAGCUAGCAUGCUGUAGAGAACACAAGAUCAAUAUCAUUCGUAAAAAAGAUCAAUUUUUAAUGCAUUGCAAUAAACUGGCUGUUUAAAUGUCGACCAAAGAUUUCACUUCAAGGGCGUGAACAUGUAUGAAUUUUCUUCUUUUGUGUUUCUCUGUCUGACCAAGAAACUGAAAAAGUAAACUUAUUUUAUCCAGAGGAAGUGUCUUAUUUACAUUAGUUGGCAAAAUCUCGUUCCCCUUGACACGGUUUCCCAUAAAAAUAGAUUUGCUUUGUUUUAUUGUCAGUUCAACUAUACGAUUUCUGUGUAAAGCAAACAAACUCUCUUAUACCCAAAAAAUAUUUUAAACACAAACAGAAGCAAUGUACUUAGAUAAGAGAUCGUUACUCCCUGCCAAACAAAACUGAGUCUUCGGAUUCUUGAGAGAGAUUGGAGGUAAACGCCGUCUAAUUCCUGUACUGUUCGAGUUGUUUCAUUGUUCACUUUUUUUAUAUAAGUAAGCAGACGAAAUGCCAUCUGCGCUCAUCUUGAGCACGUGUGGUUUUUUUUUCGAAUGUUGGUUCAGAUUCUCUUUGCAUGUUCCGCGAGAUAAUGGAUUUUAAAUAUUUUAUGGGUUGCCUGUUUUUUAAAAAAGAAAUCCAUGACUUUUCCAUUGGUUUGUGUUAAAUAUUAAAUGAGCCAACCAUUAGAAACAGCGCUGAUCAGCAGAAAAAAAAAUACCGUAAAAAAGGUGGACAUUAUCGUAAAAAUGUAACAACUGGAGUUUAGAUCUGCUCUCUUCACUUGAGGAUAUUCUCAUAGCACGUGUCUAGCCAUAGAAACAAGCAAUUCGAUAUAACAAAUUACGUUUGGCCUGAUCAAGAGAUCUUUUGCUUGGUUGUUAUCCAUUUUUGGGCGAUUCAUCUGAUCUGACCAUUUAUUUUCGUAUUCUUGGUUGGAAUCAUCCCCAAUUGCGUCAAUCUUUGCGUGAGUCUGUGUCGUUUCUUAGGUUGGAGUUAGUCCAAGAAAGUUGACAGUUAUUUUACUCCUCUACAUUUUUGUAUCUCUGUUUUAAUCGUUCCAAAAUCAUAUCAAUAUUCCUCUGCUUUUCUCGCGGACUCUAUGCACUGAUCUCUUAGUGAAAUUUGAUGAGUCUUUACUAUGCUUCGUUUGCACCUAGAUCUUACACUGGUAAGCAUUAUUUAAUUGGUAGAAGCAGCAAAAACCAUUGUUCAUUACGCAUUCCUCUACUGGUCAAGUCAUUCUCUUUAUCUUUCUUCAUGUUAUUUCAGACUGUUUUAGUUUGCAGUCGUUAAUUCUUCUUUUAAUUCGGUGAAACUCAAAAGAAAAGAGGCUAUAAGUUUUAAGUUUGAUUACCAGAGUAAACGUCGACAGCUUUCCGAUCAUUCAUUGUUUUGGGUUAUUUUGAAAGCCUAAAAUUCAUUUCUACUUGUUUGGAAAGUCUCAUCCUCGAUAUACUUUCUUAGUGCCAAAAAUUCAUAAUUAGGUAACGAACUGAUGAAAACGAAGCUAACCCCGAUCAGUCACUAGAAAAUAUCAUGUUUUUUUCUGUUUUAAGUUGCUUUCCAGUUCCCAGCUGAACAGACUGAAAUGUUCACUUGUAGUUAUAUAUUUAUCGUUUAAAACUCGUGUCUGUCUAGAUACACGAUCAACUAGAGAGAAAGAUUUGCAUGACAAAGGCCACUCCCAGCUAGGCGAAAACCUUAGUGAACAGGCUAAAUACAAAACCUUUUUUUGUGUGUAAAAAAAGAGUUUUAUUGCAUUAGAACUCUAAAAAAUCGUUUUCAUAUCAAUAGCUUCCCAUUUAGCCUCGCCUUGAAACAGAGGCUUGGGGCGACUUGGCAAUAGUCUAUUCGCUGGUUAUUAAAUAUGACAAACCAGGAGCCCAUAACCCGGCACGAGAGACUUCUACGUGCGCGCGUCACAGCGUUUUCACCGGCCAGUUUAUUUUUAGAACGAUUACGCGCGAAUUUAGAACAUCUUUUAUUCCCCACAAACCAGUUAGUACUAAAAACCUACAGACCUAUAAAUGGUAUUUUUGACCUUUUAAUGACGCUUUGUUUUACGUUUUCAUAUCUUAUAAUUAAAAUGUGCUUAUAGAAGGAGGGGAGCUUCCUUCCCGCGGGAAAAAGAGCUCUCUAAUGUAUCUCAAAAUAAAUUAGUCAAUGAAAACGCCGUGACAUUAGCCUGCAUAGUAGGCGUUAUUUUCUGGCGUUUUCCUGGCGUGCGAAACCGAGCGAGGAGGCCUAGUAUGGAAGUUGCUCACUACGGGUUAUGGGCUUCUAUGCCUACUACGCGAACUCAUGCAAGACUACAAGACGAACAUUUUUAUUUGACAAUUUGUUGCAAUUUUUGUUGUUAUUGCAGGAGCAUAUGAAAAACUGUGCAUAUGAAGAUGUACAUUGUACAAAUCCUGAGUGCAAUGAAGUAAUGCCUCGCCGCGCUUUACAGUACCAUUUAGUGUCAAAGUGCCGCUGGAGGGUGGUGUCGUGUCACUUUUGCGCUGAGAUGUACACAUACAAGGACAGUAAGGUAACGUCUAAACAGCUCAGAACCGAGAACCUUGCCUAGUCCGCGUACCUAGUCCCUGUUCGGUGACUUCCCGGGCCUUCUCGGUCAAUGUAUUUCGGUGACGUAUCCGAGACGAACAGCCUGAAACGAGAAACUCACCCAGCGGUCACGUAGAAUAUUUAGGCAUAGGGACUGGGUAACUCAGAACCUUGAAUUUUAUUUUUUGGGGGAAGGAUUGAUUCUCUCUUGCAUACAGCCUUGAAGCGAGUUUUGAAGUGGUUAAUUCAAUAAUCACUCUCUUAGUCUGCAAGCAAGUUGUCCAUUUAGGGGAUAUAGGUUACGGGUGAGCGGCGCGCAAAAGAAGACUCAAGAGCAACGAGCUUUGCCGCUCGCUUGCAGGCUAUCAUCCUCUUUAUAAUACAAUUGAUUCCCUUCAUGGCGAACGCUCUGUGAGCCCCCGGCCACUCUUGUGUCAGGUAAACAUCAGCUUUUUGACGGGCAUUUUCGUCCGCGUAAGGCAAAGCCCGUAUAUAAAGAGGUCAUGGUCUUUGACAAUUUUUCCUUUAUCGCACAGUUUUCUAAAGUAUAUUGUCGGCAAGCGACUCCAAAACUGCGUUUAAAUGAAAAAAUAUAUCAAACAAUUUUUCUGAAAGAUGGUCGUUGAACGAGAUGAUAGGUUAUGGCAUUGAAAGAACAAACGGGAAACUGUGGUAUUGCAACGCGCGACGCGUGAGAAAAAAAACUCUCUCGUACCUAACUUAAUUUAAUAAGGAACAAAAUGACUACAACAAAGGACCCACAAAGUGGAUUUAUGCCCUCUUCACCAGGGCUCCCUCGUGCAAAAAAACCUUACUUUUAUCCCGUACGUUAAGUGGCUAGUGUGUCACGUAUGGAGUUUUUACAAACCUCGUUGGUAUUCGGGCAAAAGAAUAGAUGCAUGCUUGCUAAAAUGUUUCUUUCUGAUUUAUGUGUAAGUAGGCCAGUAAGAGCUUAAUAGUUACUUGCGGGCGACAACAGGAGCCCGCAAUUGUAAUUUCCAGGUUGCUCCAUUCUUGCGGCAGGUAUGUAGCCUGCAUUCGUUUGGACUUCUUCUAAGCUUGAUUGAAAUGCGUUAAACGCAAUCGGAUUACGCGCGUUUGGACCUUCAAUCACUUGAAACUUACCCAAAGGACCAGGACCAGAAAGAGCGUGAUACACGCCCGCAGUCCCUAAUCCUUUCUGUUGUUUCCAUUGCAGCUUCACAUGAAAGUAUGUAAGAGAAUUCCUUUAGAAUGUGUAAACAAGUGCGGUGCUAAGGAUAUUCCUCGAGAAGAGGUGAGUUAUAGUGAGAAGAGAUUGCGUUAAUGUGCAGGUGUGCAUGGUUACCAAGCCAUUAGAAAAAGGAAAGGCGUGAUCUGCAUUUGAAUAUGUACAAAGAAAUUUACGUUACAUAAAUGUUAAUCUGUUUGUAGCAGGGAUGGCACAGAGCAGGCUUUACGAUAGCAAGAAAACGCAGCCAAUGACCAGGGGCGCAGUAUCAGGCUGGCUUUCUGAUCGAACUCUAUCAUCGUGCAGUCUCUACGGAGACUGACGAGACUGGGCACAAGCGGGCCGGCAGGUAGCACAUCAGACGGGUGUACGGUGGCCCUGCAAAACCGUUAAGCAGCUAAACGAUCCCGCCAGCACUUGCUAUACAGAAAUAAUGGACGCACGGAUAAACGUUUCUCUAACACUGUGACAUGUUGGCCAAAUGUUUGAUGGCAAUCAGAACUUUCGUCCAACUAAAAAAAAGAGUUGUACGGACGUAAGCAAUCAUGGGUUCUAAUCAGUCUUCAUUAUUGGACCAACAAAUGUUGUACAACAGUAAUGGAUCUUCCAGCCGCUUCUUUAGAUAUAAAGACGUUGUUUUCUUUCUUUCAGCUUUCAUUUCAUCUAAGUGAGUGUCCUUUGGCAAUCCUUCCCUGUUCUUAUCAAGAUAUCGGUUGCACAUUUAAGGUAGAGAGGCAUGUAUUUUCUUAAAUACUUCUGAAUGCGUCCUUUAAAGAAGGAAAUACGACGAAACAUCUCCAUUUUUGCAUGCAAUCUUUCCUCUGCUUAUUACUCCACAUAAAUGACAGUAAACUUGGCAAAAUUGGUGACCCCUCUCUCUCUCCACCCACACAAGGGGCCAGUGUGAAUUCCCCUAGGCAACUUAUGACUAAUGCGAUGUCGAGGUAAAACGCAAACGUAUACUGCGACAUCAAGCGCUGGAAAAAUUAUUCCUGACGGCUGCUAUUUUCUUUUCGCUGGCUAAAAAUACACCUGUUUGGUUUCAUAGCUAUGAGCAUGGUAAUGCUUUGUAUACUGAACUAGUUGCAAAUCUGUGUCAAGAGGUAAAAAACAACCAGUAAUAUAACAUACAUAUGGCCCAUGGGGUCCACUGUGUUGUAUUUGUAUACUUCUCACGUCAAAUACAGUAUUUGCGCGUGGCAGUUACUAUUUCUUUGCUGUUUUUAAAGUUGUUGUAUUUCUUUUCCAACUAAUUUCAGGGGAAACGAGAUACGCUUGACGACCACACGAAAACCGCGGUACACACCCACCUUGGUCUGGCAAUGCAGAAAAUCCGCGACAAUGAGAGUCGUAGUACUUGCACCAAUGGAGUAUUCAUCUGGAGAAUUAGCAACUACAAACAACAGUAUGAGCAGGCUCUUGCCUCGCCAGAGGACCUGGCGAUUUUCAGCCCGCCUUUUUACACUUCACAGUACGGGUACAAAAUGCGGUUGAAAGCGUAUCUUCAUGGGAGAGAUCGCGGGAAAUCCACCCAUCUGUCUCUGUAUAUAAUUAUAAUGAAAGGUGACUAUGAUGCUUUACUGGACUGGCCUUUCAAACAGAAGAUAACGUUUUAUCUUAUCGAUCAAGGUGAACAGAAGAAUCAUAGAACACACCAACUUAGUCCUAACCGCUCAUUACCAAAUAUCAAGGUGGUUUUCAAUCGGCCAACCAUGAAGGAAAAUCUCGGGAUUGGAAACCCUUGUUUUGUUCCGCAAGAGGCGCUAGAGACUGGCGAGUUUGUUAAGGACGAUGCGUUGUUUAUCAAGGCAGUUGUUGAGCCUGCGAAGACUUCUACUUGACCUGUGUACAGUUCAACCAAAACUGGAAUGUGUGUACAGUUCAGCGCCUUGUUAAAAGACUCCUCUUUACCUCAGAAAGCUCUUCUUGGGAGAUGAUCACUUACUUCUGGCUAAGACGAACACUACAAGAUUGUCGCUACUAAAUUCUUCCUGCUUUGCGAACAAGUAACACCCAAAGCAACACAAUUAGGCCUUCUAAACGCGGAUAAAACACCCUCUUUAAGUUUAAUGAGUUAAGUUGCAAUUCAUAGGCUCGUCUAGAACGAACGUUUUAAGACUUCCUGAUGGCGUGCUUUGUUAUGAUCACUGUUCAUUCGCCUCACUUUCCUGCUAGCUUGCGUGGGGAGAAGUUUAGGGCGCAAAAAAGAUCGGCGGCAUUGACCUCGAGGAAGGGGAAAGAGCGUGGGCGUGUCCUCUGUUCCGCGCAUCACUUAUCUCGCGCGUCAUUCUUGUGCGCCUGCCUUUUCUGGGUUUCCUGGGCACAUAGUCCCACUCACUAAGUUUGGUUCGUCCCAUGGAAAUUUCGACGUUCAGCCUAGGUUUAACCUCAUGUACAUUACAAUGUUUUAUUUUUAUGCAAUUGUCAUAUCUAUAAUUUCGCAGAACUUCGGUCUCUUGCUAUAAAAGUACCUUUCUUUUUAUAUGAAGGCAAACAUAUUAGUACGAAUGCUCACGUAGAGAGUUUGUUCCUUCCCCAAGCUGCCUGUUGACAGGAUAUGGCUCCGGCCUGAAGGCCACGUCGGCGCUGUUUAAUUCGAAAGUCCCCUACUAGUAGUGAGCUGUGUACAUGACAUGAAAUUUUAUUUUCCACAAAAUAAUAAAUAUAUAUAAAUAUAUAUAAAUAUAAAAUAACUGAGCCUGAACCAUUUCAAAAAUAUCA